AUGUUGUCCCGAUCAGCAUUCCGCGCAGUCAGAGCCGCAGCUCCUCAGCGGACCGUUGCCCGGGCUGCCGUGCGCAGCUACGCUGCCGCCGCGACCCAGGACAGCAAGCCCCCGAUCGCUGUCUACGGCCUCGAUGGCACCUAUGCCACUGCUCUGUACACUGCUGCCGCCAAGUCCUCCUCCCUCGACCCUACCGCCAAGGCGCUCAGCACCCUGAACGACGUCGUCUCCAAGGACUCCAAGCUCGCCGCCAUUCUGAGCACUCCUACUCUGUCCGAUGCCGACAAGAGCGCCAUUGUCGCCGAGCUGCAGAAGUCUCUCGGUGCCGCUGGCUCCAACGCCACCAUCAAGAACUUCCUGUCCACCCUGGCCGAGUACAACCGAUUGAGCAUCCUUAAGGGCGUCUGCGACAAGUUUGGCGAGCUGAUGAGCGCUUCCCGUGGUGAGGUUGAGCUGAUCGUCACCAGCGCUACGCAAUUGGACAACAAGACCCUCAACCGCCUCGAGUCUGCCGUUGCCAAGUCCCAGUACGUUGGCCAGGGCAAGAAGCUCAAGGUCACCAACCAGGUCAACCCCGACAUUGUUGGUGGACUCGUCGUUGAGAUUGGCGACCGUACCAUCGACCUUUCCGUCUCUUCCAAGAUCGCCAAGAUGAACAAGCUCCUUACUGACACCCUGUAA